AUGUCACGUUUGGUGUACAUAUUCUACUUGUUAGUACUGGUUGAAGGUAGCAGAAAGACAUUUACAUUAGAUCAAAAUACUGAAACUAACGCAACAGAAGCCAAAGUAGAAGGGAAAGGUACAAUAAAACUACCGCCGGGUAUUACUUUUUCUGGUGUCAUAACAUUUGGAGACUCAAUAGUGGAUAGUGGAAACAACAACAAUCUCCGUACAAGAUUAAAAUGUAACUUUCCUCCUUACGGUAAAGAUUUUCCAGGCAAAAUUGCUACUGGAUGAUUUUCUGAUGGAAGAGUUCCAUCUGAUAUUGUGGCAGAAAGACUAGGAAUAGCAAAGACAAUACCAGCAUACUUAAAUCCAAAGCUGAAAAAUGAAGAUCUUCUUAAAGGUGUAAAUUUUGCUUCAGGUGGUUCUGGUUACGACCCGUUAACAGCUAAACUAGUGAGAGUGAUAUCUUUAUCAGAUCAACUAAAAUAUUUUCAAGAGUAUAAAGAAAAAAUCAAAGUAACAGUUGGCGAAGAGAAAGCUAAUUUUAUGGUGAAAAACAGUCUUUACCUUGUGGUAGCUAGCAGUAAUGAUAUUGCUCAUACAUAUAUGGCACGCUCCCUCAAAUAUAAUAGAACUUCAUAUGCUGACUAUUUGGCUGAUUUAUCUUCUAAAUUUGUCAGGGAUAUAUAUAAACAUGGAGCUCGAAGAAUCGGAGUGUUUAGUGCAGUACCAGUUGGAUGUGUACCAGCAGCUAGAACAAUUCAUGGAAGAUUGAAGCGAAAAUGUUCAAAAAAACUAAACGAAGUAGCUCUUCACUUUAACACAAAGAUAUCUCCGAAGUUGGAUGCUUUAGGAAAAGAGUUACCCGAUAGUAAAAUUGUGUUUAUUGACGUAUAUGAUACUCUUAAUGACAUGAUAGAAAACCCUAAAAACUAUGGAUUUGAAGUAUCAACUAGAGGAUGUUGUGGAACAGGACUACUAGAAGUAUUAUUUUUGUGCAACAAAAUCAAUCCUUUUACAUGCAAAAAUUCAUCUUCUUAUAUAUUUUGGGAUAGUUACCAUCCAACAGAAAAAGCUUACCAAAUUAUCGUUGAUAAGUUGUUAGGAAAAUACAUUAUGCAACUAGUAUGA